CGCUCCCGACCCGCUCCGGUCCGGCCGCACCAUGAGGGAGAUCGUCCACAUCCAAGCGGGGCAAUGCGGCAACCAGAUCGGCGCCAAGUUCUGGGAGGUGAUCAGCGAUGAGCAUGGCAUAGACCCCAGCGGCAACUACGUGGGCGACUCGGACCUGCAGCUGGAACGCAUCAGCGUCUAUUACAAUGAGGCCUCCUCUCACAAGUACGUGCCUCGCGCCAUCCUGGUGGAUUUGGAGCCGGGCACGAUGGACAGCGUGCGCUCCGGUGCCUUCGGGCACCUCUUCCGCCCCGACAACUUCAUUUUCGGUCAGAGCGGGGCCGGCAACAACUGGGCCAAGGGGCACUACACGGAGGGGGCCGAGCUGGUGGACUCGGUGCUGGACGUGGUGCGGAAGGAGUGUGAGAACUGCGACUGCCUGCAGGGCUUCCAGCUGACCCACUCGCUGGGUGGGGGCACGGGCUCGGGCAUGGGCACGCUGCUGAUCAGCAAGGUGCGCGAGGAGUACCCCGACCGCAUCAUGAACACUUUCAGCGUGGUGCCGUCCCCCAAGGUGUCGGACACGGUGGUGGAGCCCUACAACGCCACGCUCUCCAUCCAUCAACUGGUGGAGAACACGGAUGAGACCUACUGCAUCGACAACGAGGCCCUGUACGACAUCUGCUUCCGCACACUCAAGUUGGCCACCCCCACCUACGGAGACCUCAACCACCUCGUCUCGGCCACCAUGAGUGGUGUCACCACCUCGCUGCGCUUCCCCGGGCAGCUCAACGCCGACCUGCGCAAGCUGGCGGUCAACAUGGUGCCCUUCCCCCGCCUGCACUUCUUCAUGCCCGGCUUCGCCCCGCUGACAGCGCGUGGCAGCCAGCAGUACCGGGCUCUGACCGUCCCCGAGCUCACCCAGCAGAUGUUUGAUGCCAAGAACAUGAUGGCUGCCUGCGACCCCCGCCACGGCCGCUACCUCACCGUGGCCACCGUCUUCCGCGGCCGCAUGUCCAUGAAGGAGGUGGACGAGCAGAUGCUGGCCAUCCAGAGCAAGAACAGCUCCUACUUCGUGGAGUGGAUCCCCAACAACGUCAAGGUGGCUGUGUGCGACAUCCCGCCCCGCGGCCUCAAGAUGUCCUCCACCUUCAUCGGCAACAGCACGGCCAUCCAGGAGCUCUUCAAGCGCAUCUCAGAGCAGUUCACCGCCAUGUUCCGCCGCAAGGCCUUCCUGCAUUGGUACACGGGAGAGGGGAUGGACGAGAUGGAGUUCACCGAGGCCGAGAGCAACAUGAACGACCUGGUGUCGGAGUACCAGCAGUACCAGGACGCCACGGCCGAGGAGGAGGGCGAGAUGUACGAGGAUGAUGAGGAGGAGUCGGAGGCGCAGGGCGCCAAGUGACGGCCCCACACUCGCUGCUUCGGGGGGGCCUCUGGCCUCACCCCUCGGUGUCUGCUCCCCUCAGCCCCAUGUUAGCUCAGCCCCCCCCGUCUCCCUCCCUAUGGCCUCCCCUUCCCCUUUUUUCGUUUUUUACUGUUUGUGUCUCAUAUUUUUUUUGAAUACUCAAUAAAUUUAUGGCUGUCCGGUU